UUGCGACCCUGAAGCGGCUAGCCGUGCUGUCAUGUGGCGGGGUGUCCCGGGCUGCCUACGGGAUAUUGUGCAGUGGCAGGUGGCGCUCUGUUCCCACAGCUUUGUCCGGACUUGGGGUAGCUGUGGGAAGGCGAUGACUGAGGCACUGUCUGCGCAAGCCGAGGCAGCGGGCGGGCUGAAGGCUUUGGUUCAGCCAAAUGGAGAUGCUGGUAGCAACACGAGCGGAGAGCCGCUCCUGGAGCGCCUGGAGCCGGCGGCGGUAGGGAAGCAGGUCCCGGAGAGCGGGGACCAGGCCCAGGGUGGCGAAGGGCAGCUCCCGAGCAACGGAGAGCCGGCCCCAGCUCCAGUCGCCGACUCAGGCAAGAGGAAAAAGCGGAGGGGCGCCACUGGGGAACGGGUCGUGCCGCCUCCGAAGAAACGGCGCACCGGGGUGAGCUUUAGCGAUGAGCACUUCGCAGAGACUACCUACUACUUCGAGGGCGGCCUGCGCAAGGUGCGGCCCUAUUACUUUGACUUCCAAACCUACUGUAAAGGUCGCUGGGUGGGCCGCAGCUUGUUGCACGUCUUCAGCACCGAGUUCCGAUCCCAGCCACUGUCUUACUACGAGGCCGCUGUCAGGGCAGGACGCCUGCAUCUCAACGAGGAACCAGUCCAGGACCUCAGCAUCGUGCUCAAGGACAAUGAUUUCUUGCGGAACACAGUGCACAGACAUGAGCCACCAGUCACAGCAGAGCCUAUCCGCCUGCUAGCUGAGAACAACGAUGUGGUUGUUAUAGACAAGCCGUCCUCCAUUCCUGUGCACCCCUGUGGCCGCUUCCGACACAACACGGUCAUCUUCAUCCUAGGCAAGGAGCACCAACUGAAAGAGCUACACCCACUGCAUCGGCUGGACCGCCUCACCUCAGGAGUGCUCAUGUUUGCGAAGACAGCUGCAGUCUCGGAGAAGAUCCAUGAGCAGGUUCGGGAUCGGCAGCUGGAGAAGGAGUAUGUAUGCCGGGUUGCAGGGGAGUUCCCUGACAAGGAGGUAAUUUGUAAGGAACCCAUCUUAGUGGUGUCUUACAAGGUAGGAGUGUGCCGUGUGGAUCCCCAGGGCAAGCCUUGUGAGACUGUGUUCCAGAGGCUGAGCUACAAUGGCCGCUCCAGUGUGGUACAGUGUCGACCACUUACAGGUCGCACUCACCAGAUCCGAGUCCACCUCCAAUUCCUGGGCCACCCCAUUCUCAAUGACCCCAUCUACAAUUCAACUGCCUGGGGUCCUUCUCGAGGCCAGGGUGGCCACAUUCCAAAGACAGACGAGGAACUGCUCCGAGACCUGGUUGCAGAACAUCAGGCCAAAGAAAGCCUGAGUAUGCUAGAUCUCUGUGAGGGUGACCUGACCCCAGGGCUCAUAGACUCGACAGCUCCCUCUUCAGAGUUGGCUAAAGACAGCCUGGAAGGGUCAGCAGCCCAGAAGAUAGAUGGGAUAGCUGAGGCAGCCCCUCAGCAUCUGGACACACCAGAGAAGGCAGCUAAAGCAGAUGUGACUCAGGAAACAGACCCGCUCUGUGCCGAGUGCCGAGUGUUGCGACAGGAUCCCUUGCCCCAGGAUCUUGUAAUGUUCCUGCAUGCCCUCCGCUAUAAAGGGCCAGACUUUGAGUACGUCUCACCCAUCCCAGCCUGGGCACAGGAUGACUGGCAAGAAGACUGAGGAGUGUGACCAUUGGAAGAAUGGCUUCUUGGAUUAGAACAAGGAUGGGCCUUGAGACAGGGACUGCUCCCAUUGGUUGAUACUCAGGUUUGGAGAAGAGCAAGGUUUCACAGUAAGGAACCUGCUUGUACCUGCUGCUACCUCCUUCCUUCUGGCUUGUUGGGGCUUUCAGAUCUGUACAUAUAUCAUUUUUUUCUAA